UAACGCUAUUAGGUUGGUACAGUGUUUUCCUUUUGACAUUCCUUUCGAUUAGUUUCCUUUUGGCUUAGUAGUUCGACUCGAGCCAAAAUGGGUCGUCGUCCAGCGAGAUGUUAUCGCUACUGCAAAAACAAGCCGUACCCCAAGUCUCGGUUCUGUCGUGGUGUGCCAGACGCUAAAAUCCGUAUUUUCGAUUUGGGCAGAAAGAAGGCCGCCGUCGAUGACUUCCCACUCUGCGUGCAUUUGGUGUCUGACGAAUAUGAACAGCUCAGCUCCGAAGCGCUUGAAGCUGGACGUAUUUGCUGCAACAAAUACCUGGUCAAGAACUGCGGUAAAGAUCAAUUCCACAUCCGUAUGAGGUUGCAUCCUUUCCAUGUUAUUAGAAUCAACAAGAUGUUGUCGUGCGCUGGAGCUGAUAGGCUUCAAACUGGAAUGAGAGGUGCGUUCGGUAAGCCGCAAGGUACCGUAGCCCGUGUCCGCAUUGGACAGCCCAUCAUGAGCGUUAGGUCCAGUGACCGUUACAAGGCUCAAGUUAUCGAGGCUCUCCGUCGUGCCAAGUUCAAGUUCCCAGGUCGUCAAAAGAUCUACAUCUCUAAGAAAUGGGGAUUCACCAAAUUCGAGAAGGAAGAAUACGAAAACCUUAGGGAUACAGGUCGUCUGAAGCAAGACGGUUGCAACGUUCAAUACAGAAGGGAGCAUGGACCACUCGCCGAGUGGAAGAAAGUCCAAGUAGAAUUAGCUUCUGCUUAAACAUUGUUUAUUUUUACUAAAAGGACUUAUAAUAUAAUUUAAAAAGAAAAUA